AUGGAGGCAGCUGAUGCCCUGGACGCGGCGGCGCUGGAGCAGGAGCUGCUGGCAGCGGUGGCAGCUGACGAGCAGCGGGCGAGGGAGAACGAGGCCAAGCUGCGAGCCCUGCGGCAGGGCGUCCCCUCCUACGAGGAGUUCAGGAACAUUGUGCUGGCAUCACACCUGAAGCCCCUGGAGAAGAAGGACAAAGUGGAGAAGAGGAGGAAAGUGCUGUGGAAUCCCUGCACAAGCCAGGCCAAGGCCCCACAAGGCAGUGAGGUGGAGAUCCCCCAGCCUCUGAAGGUAGAAGGGGCUGAUGGAGGUCGAAAUGCUUGA